AUGCAGGCCAAAUAUGGUAUUUUGGACUGCGAUUUCUACAACUUUGAUGAGACAGGCUUUAUGAUGGGACAAAUAUCAUUAUAUAUAGUAGUUACUAAAGCUGAUCGAUAUGGAAAAAGCAAAGCUAUACAAUCAGGCAAUCGAGAAUGGGCUAUAGCGAUUAUUUGUGUUAAUGAAGAAGAUUAUAAUAUACCUCUGUUUUUGAUAGUAAAAGGCGAAUACCAUCUUUCAAAUUGGUAUACCGAAGGUGAUUUACCAUACGAUUGGCUUAUUAAACCUACUAUCAAUGAAUGGACAGAUAAUGAGACAGGUCUUGAAUGA